AUGCCGCGAUUGAUCACGUCGUCUCUCGUGUCGACGUCGGAAGAGAACAGCAGAGGCCCAGGGUGUACCACGUUCUCGCCAGAGGCCGCGAACGCAUCCCCAUCGUAUAUCGGUACUGGAGGAAGUGUCACAGGUGACGAGAAAGGCGUCGGCGGCGGAGGUGGAGGUGGCUGGUGGGAUGUCAGCUUUUUGUAUCUGCAUGUGGCGUUCGCGGCACUGAAUCAGGAAUGGCCCGCGACUCGCACAGUCAUUGCUGUGCAGGUCAAUACGUUGCAAGUGAUUCUUGGCGUUGCCGAAGAAGCUUCCCCAAUAUGGCAGGACGAUAAUGAAAGCGUCCAUCUGCUGAAGGAUGAUGAUAUCCAACGACUACGGUCGACAAGCGCCCGGGUGGCAUUCCAGCUAAGAGUCACUUCUGGCUUUUGGCCCUCGGGUCAUACGGACUAA